AAUCGUGUCCAAUAAUGUCUCUGGUCGCCGUCGCUCUCUUCAGCAGCAUUGUCCUUAGCUUGAUUCCUCAAACCCCAGCGGCAUAUGGGCCGCUGAACUACGCCUGCUGUGUGAAAUACACUCGAAAUGCUUUGCCCUUCGGUGUAAUCAAAGGCUUCAUCGAGCAGAGCUCCCGCGAGGUGUGCCGCAUUGAUGCCAUCAUUUUUUUUACCAAGCAUAACAAGAAGGUGUGUGCUAGCGCCAAGGAUGAGUGGGUGAGAUCAGCACUUGCACAUCUGAAGGCAAAAAUAAAUAAAUUGGCACAGUCUGGAUCUCAACGCCACAUCAAUGUUAAAAUGAAAAGUAAGAUUCACACCAGCACCACCACUACCAGCAGCACUAGCACCAGCAAACCAUGAAGUUUUGCAGAAAACUGUGAUUUUAAGUAAU